AUUACUAUUGUCAAAGAAGUGUUUAUUUGUAUCAAAAGUAUCAAUUUAUCAUCAAUUUUAACCAUUACUUUCAAUUCGCAAUGCUGUCUCCUGACCAUAAGUAAGAGAAACACAGUUAAAUGGAUCUGGAUUCAGAAAGUACAGCUACAUCAAUUGAUGAGAAUACUGAAAAUUUCUGUGAUAAUCCAACUAGAGACACUCUGGCUGAAGGGUUGAUGGGAUUAAUAAAACCGACAGUCGAUUUACUGGAUGAAAAAGUGAGAGCUACAAGAGUGUCACAGUUAGAACUCAAGCAGUGCAUAGAAAGCCUUAGCGAGGAACUGAAACAGAUCCAAGCACUUCAAAAUAAUACUGUAGACCUUGAUGCAUAUGUGAAGAAACUGAUCAAUGCUAAGCAAAGAGUUACUGUGCUCACAAAUGUGCUUCAAAAUUCUCAAGACAGAUUGAAUAAGAUUCAUAUGGCAAUAGAUAAGGAAGUAGUCAAGAGAAAGGUUAUAUUAAAUGAUAUAAUUCAAGACCCAAGUCCUAGCACAUCUAGCAGCUGA